AUGAUGCUGCUGCUGCUGCUGCUGCUGCUGCUGAUGAUGAUGAUGAUGAUGAUGAUGAUGAUGUUCCUGUACAAUGGCCAUACACCACUGCACGUUGCCUGCCAUGAGGGUCAUGACAAUGUGGUGGAGAUGCUGUUGAAGCACGGUGUUGAUGCUGAAGCCAAGGGCAAGGGUGGCUAUACACCAAUGCACAGGGCCUGCGGUAGCGGUCAUGUCAAGGUGGUGGAGAUGCUGUUGAAGCACGGUGCUGAUACUGAAGCCAAGAACAACGUCAGUACAGUACCUCUACCUCCCUCUUCCCCCCUUUACCCCCCUAUGAUGGUGCACCUGUACCCCAUGAUGAUGCUGAUGAUGAUGAUGCUGUACCUGGCCUGCGGUAGCGGUCAUGUCAAGGUGGUGGAGAUGCUGUUGAAGCACGGUGCUGAUACUGAAGCCAAGAACAACGUCAGUACAGUACCCCCCUCUUCCUCCCUUUACCCCUCUAUGAUGGUGCACCUGUACCACAUGAUGAUGAUGCUGAUGCUGAUGCUGUACCUGUACCGAGGCUAUACACCACUGCACUGGGCCUGCCAUUACGGUCAUGUCAAGGUGGUGGAGAUGCUGUUGAAGCACGGUGCUGAUAAUGCAACCAAGAACAUCAUGGGUGCACGGCCUUUGGAUCUGCUCCUUCGCAGACAUCCCAUCAAGCUGGAGGUGGUCACAGAGCUACUGGGCGCAACCCAAACCCUUUGCUCCUACCAAACUUCAAAUUCCGAUGUCCAAAGCUUGAUUCAUGCGGAGCAGGUCAAAUGCUGGCGCGUCGGCUGGCGCGAGGAUCCUCGAUCGUUCAAUAUUCAAGAUCUACAAACCCUUGGUGACCGCGUGGCCGCUCUAACGGCCGCCGCUCAAGCUGCACCUACAAAUUGA